GAGGGGGAGACCUAAGAUGGCGGCCGCCGCGAACUCAGCCUCCAGCCUCCCGCUCUUCGACUGCCCGAGCUGGGCAGGUAAACCUCCGCCCGGAUUGCAUCUGGAUGUAGUCAAAGGAGACAAGCUAAUUGAGAAACUGAUCAUUGACGAGAAGAAGUAUUACCUGUUUGGGAGAAAUCCGGACCUGUGCGACUUCACCAUCGACCACCAGUCUUGCUCGCGGGUCCACGCUGCCCUGGUCUACCACAAGCACCUCAAGAGAGUUUUCCUCAUAGACCUCAACAGCACGCACGGCACCUUCUUGGGGCACAUCCGGCUGGAGCCCCACAAGCCCCAGCAGAUCCCUAUCGACUCCACCGUGUCAUUCGGCGCCUCCACACGGGCCUACACGCUGCGCGAGAAGCCGCAGACGCUGCCCUCGGCCACCAAAGGGGAUGAGAAGAUGGGCGGAGAGGACGACGAGCUCAAGGGGCUUCUGGGACUCCCGGAAGAGGAGACGGAGCUUGACAAUCUGACUGAGUUCAACACGGCCCACAACAAGAGGAUCUCCACCCUGACCAUAGAAGAGGGGAACCUGGAUAUCCAGAGACCCAAGCGGAAACGGAAGAACUCGCGGGUCACCUUCAGCGAGGAUGACGAGAUCAUUAACCCAGAGGACGUGGACCCCUCAGUCGGGCGCUUCAGAAACAUGGUCCAGACGGCGGUGGUUCCCGUCAAGAAGAAGCGCCUGGAAGGCCCAGGCUCGCUGAGCCUGGAUGAGUCUGUGAGCCGGCGUCUGCAGAGCUUCCCGUUCAGCGGGGGGCUGUAUGGAGGCCUCCCACCGACGCACAGCGAGGCCGGGGCUCAGGCCCACGGCGGUCACGGGACCGCGCUCAUCGGCGGCCUGCCCAUGCCCUACCCCAACUUGGCCCCCGAGGUGGACCUGUCCCCCGUGGCCCCCUCGGCCGGGGCCACGCACCCCACCCCUACCCCUGCCGUCUUUACAGCCGAUGUGCUCAACGAGCCCAAGAAGAAGAAGUACGCCAAGGAGGCCUGGCCCGGGAAGAAGCCCAUGCCCUCCUUACUCAUCUGAUAUUUUGGUUCGCGGAGGGCGGAGGGUGAGGGAGGGUGGCGGGCAGGGCCGAGGGACCGAUAAAACUUUGUGCACACGGUGCCGUCCCCUACUGGGGCUCAGGUCAGUCCCCCCGCCGCCCUGCGGCACUCGGUCUGCGCCCUGGUGGCCGGCCAGCCCUCCUUCCCCUCCCCCUCCCGACCACCGCCCCAACCCCCACCCCCUGCGAACGUCCGCCUUCAGGAUGCUUUUUGUAUAUAUCCGGGAACAUCCCACCCGAAUGAAUUCCCAGCGCUUCCUGAAUCGUUUCGCCAGGAUGGAUUGGCAUUACUGGGAGGUUGGACUGGACAGAGGUCAGAUGAGUGCCCGAGGUCGGGCUGCCCGGGACUGGGUCGGUGUUGGCCGCCAGGCCCAGACCCUUUUCCUUGCAGUUUUAUUGCAGCGAUUGCUUAACUCUGGGUGCGCUCGGCACCCCCCUCCUCCAGGGCCGCAGGGCCGGGAUGCAGUUGGUCCAGCUCGUGGCUCGGCUUCCUUGCCCUCACGGGCAGCCAGGAAGGGUGGAGGCGGCGGGCCAGUAGGCAGGGCAUCUCAUGGGACACCCCUGCCCUUGCUGGUCGGCCGCGGGGCUGGCGGCUUCCAGGACAACGGAGCAUCUCUCCACACGAGCUGGCUAUUCUCCCCGAGCCCCCAGGGCCAGCUGGUUUGGUUCACGCCGGACAACCCCCUUCUGUCCAGAUGCCACCCCUCUCCCUUCUCCCCAGAAGUGAAGCCCAGGCCAUCAUAUGGGCCCAGGGAGUAGGUAGCUACCUUGAUCUGAACUUCUGCUCCUGGCUGAGCCCUCUCUCCAUGCAGGAGAAUGGGGGUGUGGCCUGGACCAAGCCCUCCAUCCACUAGGCUGGGCACGGCCUGGGACUCAGGAAAAGGACGAUGACUGGAGCGGAGCUCUCAUGUUGCCGCCUUUUUAAGUUGGACAUUCCAGAAUCUGAAUCAAAGGUGGAGAAUGGGUGACCUCGGGCCAAUGCCAGCACGGUGAGUGACCGGGCCACUUCUCUCUAAGCCUUCUGGCAUCGUCACUCUGGGCACAGCGGUUCCCUUGCACCCCCCCCACCCCCCGGGGGUUCUCCCACACACGGGGCUCAGGAGAAUUGGAGCGGCACAAAGGUUGAACGUGUGGACAGAGGAUCCGACUCAGAUUUAGCAAGUGACUGGGCAGCUCAACCGUCUUCUGGGGGCUAGCUGGGGAGCCGGGCCUCCAGAAGCCCCCAGGCCUUGGCCCACAUUAGGGCACCCGGGCCCUGGGUCUCUGGGGUGAGUCUGCCUGCCCAGCCCGGGCCAAAGGAGACUGGCUCGCCGGUGACCUCUCAGCACUCCAUCCCCUGGCCGUGGGGAGCUUUAGUCAGGGCUCCCCCUAAGCCGUUGGCCUUCCCAAACUAUGUCCCAAAGGGGAUUUUUUUAAGGGUCUGACCAGGUAGGGUGUCUAAAUUAAACAGGAAAAGAUUUUACUUUGCAA